AAAUGAUGAAAAGUAUGGCGUAAGAAGAUGAAACAUUUGCAAAUAACGCUCGAAGUACAUCGUUGUUAAACACGAAAUCACAAUCAACUCUUCUAUCAGUACGUUUGCGAACGAGAAACACACACCAGCGUGGCCGAAAUGCACCUGCUAACGGCGUGUAGAAUAGUACCCAUAAUACGACAGCCAUGUGCGCACCGAGCAGUACAAUGUUCGUUGCGCGCUUACUCAGCCCGAAGACCCGGCUUCUUCUCACAGGUGCUGGAUGACAUCAAGCAGGAGAUGGCGAAGAACAAAGAGAUGAAAGAUAACCUGAAAAAGUUCCGCGAGGAAGCACAAAAGCUCGAGCAGUCGGACGCGCUGAAGGCGGCGCGGCAAAAGUUCAACACGGUCGAAUCGGAGGCAUCGAAAAGCAGCGAGGUGCUGAAGGAGAACCUAGACAAGUUCCGUGGCCGUAUGACGGAAGCGUUGGAUGAAGCCUCCAAGACAGACAUCGCGCGUAAAGCCGGCCAGCUCGGUGAAGAGCUGAGCAAAACGGCACGAGGUGUCGGUGAAACGCUGGCCGAGAAGGGCCAGGUGUUGGGCCAGUCGGGCGCGUUCAGAGGCAUCACGGAGACGGCGAAGGUGGUGCGGCAGGAGAUGGACAACCAGGGCAUCGAGGCGCGGGUUUACCGCAGCCCGGAGAAGCUCCGCAAGCGCGUCGAGGUCUCGCUGGCGGCCGAUCCGUCCCGGACGGUUGAACCGAACGCCGACGCCACCGGGAUCGAGCUGCACAAGGACAGCAAGUUCUACCAAUCGUGGGAGGACUUCCGAAACAACAAUCAGUACGUGAACAAGGUGCUCGCGUGGAAGAUGAAGUACGACGAGUCGGAACACGCGAUGGUCCGAGCGUCCCGGCUGCUCACCGACAAGGUGAGCGACAUCAUGGGCAACCUGUUCUCGAAGACGGAGCUGUCGGAAACGCUGACCGAGAUCUGCAAGAUCGAUCCGAGCUUCGACCAGAAGCACUUCCUGCGGGACUGCGAGAACGACAUCAUUCCGAACGUGCUGGAAUCGAUCGUACGAGGCGAGCUGGACGUGUUGCGGGACUGGUGCUUCGAGAGCACAUACAACGUGAUCGCGACACCGAUCGCGCAGGCGCAGAAAGCCGGCUACCGGCUCGACUCGAAGAUCCUCGACAUCGAGAACGUCGAUCUGGCAAUGGGCAAGGUGAUGGACCAGGGCCCGGUACUCAUAGUGACCUUCCAGACGCAGCAGAUCAUGUGCGUGCGGGACGCCAAGGGUGCCGUCAUCGAGGGUGACCCCGAGAAGGUGAUGCGGUGCCAUCACGUGUGGGUCCUGUGCCGUGAUCCCAACGAGCUGGACCCUAAAGCUGCCUGGCGGUUGAUGGAAAUGUCCGCCAACAGCACGGAACAGUUCGUGUAGAGCGCGCAACAUCCUGCCACUCCUGCCAACCGCUCUCGCGGGAGCAAAAAAAAAGACCCGUCAAAGAUGGGCCACACCAUCGGCAAACGUUGCAACCAAAUGUUCCUUUUCCAGUUGUGACCGCAUGUCGGUGGAUGGGGGAGGAGGCCCUCUGGAGCUGGUAGGUUUGCGGGUGUUGCGUUAUAGGGAACCACGAAAUACUAGCCAUUAGUUGCGAAACGAGACAUUAUGACUGAGUGGAAGUGCACGUGCACGUUGUGACGUCAUGCGUUGUGUUGUGACCGCGCCACGGUGUGUCGGUUUUAUUUGCAUCGACCGGAAACCGACCGAAGAGUGUGGCCUGCGGGACCUUCCAGCCAGUUGAAGCUGUUAAAGUAAUAAAAUUAAUGGACGACAACCAGUCCGCCAAU